UGACAGCUGUGCGCUGUGGCUGUUGCUAAAGGGAGGAGAAAAUCUCACGACGGAGGGCUUUUUAUCUCGUUCAUUCGCAGCUAGGACCUUUGGAGGACUCAAACGAGAACUAAACUGUAAAACCCACCCAUACCAGUCGCGACUGAAUUCAGUACUUCACACCCAGCCGUCAAAUUAGUCGCGCCGUGGCUCAGCUGAACGAUGGUGAAGCCAGACAUUCACACUCUGGCCCACCACCUGAAGCAGGAACGGCUGUACGUGACGUCAGAGAAGCAGCUCAUCCAGCGGCUCAACAACGAGGUGCUUAAAACAGCAGAGAGGCUCUACCGCGCAGCCUGGAUCGCCAAACAGCAAAGGAUCAACCUCGACCGCCUCAUCCUCACCAGUGCGGAGGCCUCUCCUGCAGAAUGCUGUCAGCAUGCCAAGUUUCUGGAGGACACACAGUUUGUGGAUGGUUAUAAGACACUGGGCUUUCAGGAGAGCAUCUAUGGGGAGUUCUUGGGCCGCUUGAGGGAGAACCCGCGAUUAGUGGCAUCCUGUUUGGUGGCAGGAGAGAGACUCAAUCAUGAGCACACGCAGGGGGUCAUACACACAGUCUUCACCUCGCUCUAUGGCAACUGCAUCAUGCAAGAGGAUGAAUGCUACCUGCUGCAGGUGCUACGUUAUUUGGUGGAAUUUGAGCUGAAGGACAGUGACAACCCUCGUCGUCUGUUACGGCGAGGCACGUGUGCCUUCAGCAUCCUCUUCAAACUCUUCACCGAGGGCCUGUAUUCAGCUAAGCUUUUCCUCACUGCAACCCUCCACGAGCCCAUCAUGCAAUUGCUGGUGGAGGAUGAGGACCAUCUAGAGACAGAUCCAGCCAAACUGAUAGAACGGUUUACCCCGGCCCAGCAGGAGCGCCUGUUUGGGGAGAAAGGCACAGAUGAAUACCGCAGAAAAGUUCAGGCAGCGGUGGAGGCCAACGAAGCCAAGCUGGUGGCCCUGGUCAACACCUUUAUCGGCUACCUGAAGCAGAACACCUAUUGCUUCCCACAGAGCCUGCGCUGGAUUGUGUCUCAGAUGUAUACGACGCUGGCACGUGUGGAAAGGUUAGAGGUCGGGGAGGUGAGGACGAUGUGCACCGACUUGCUGCUCACAUGCUUCAUCUGUCCAGCCAUCGUCAACCCUGAACAGUAUGGCAUCAUCUCCGAUGCACCCAUCAAUGAGGUGGCACGUUUCAACCUCAUGCAGGUGGGGCAGUUGUUGCAGCAGUUAGCAAUGUCUGAUGCAGAUGAUGGAGAUCCUCGACGUAAAAGCAGUUUAUCCAAGUUUGAUAAGAUGUGUGUUGCUGCCUUUUUGGACAUCGUCAUUGGUGGAAGAGCUGUCGAGACUCCACCGAUGUCGUCAAUGAAUUUACUGGAGGGCCUUACGCGGACGGUGGUUUACAUGACUCAUAAUCAGCUUUUAGCUCUGGAGGACUUUGUGCGUAGUGUCACUGCAGGAGAUCAGCUCAGAGAAGAAGACCACCUGGCUCUGGAAACCCUAAUAGCCAAUGUACCUCAGUCCCGCACGACAAAGAGCAACAGCCUGGAGCUCACACCUUCUAACACACCCCAGCUCUCCCCAACUACCACACCCGCCAACAAGAAGAACAGACUCCCUAUUGGCUCUCGCAGCCGAAGCCGUUCCAGCAUGGCCCAGGAGGGAGAGACUGAAGCCAGCUCUCAGGAGUCUCUGCAGGAGGUCACACCUGAAGAAGUGCUAGUCAUCUCGCUGGGAACCUCACUGCAGACCGUACCUGGAAUGAUGUCUGAAAACGAGGUUCUGACACUGCAUCUUGGAGAUGGUGGACAAGGAGACGCCCCUGUUGAUGACACCAAACUGCACGGCAAACCUGAUAAAACGCUGCGCUUCUCACUCUGCAGUGACAACCUGGAGGGCAUUUCUGAGGGGCCUUCUAACCGCUCCAAUUCAGUUUCUUCUUUGGACUUGGAGGUAGAGUCUGUGUCAGAAGGAGGACCAGGGCCGUCUGGUAGCAAUGGUGCAGAGGCCUUGCAGCUACUGGAACAUGAACAAGCCACUACACAGGAUAAUUUGGACGAUAAGCUGCGUAAAUUCGAGAUUCGGGACAUGAUGGGACUAACAGAAGACAGAGACAUUUCUGAGACUGUCAGUGAGACUUGGAGCACUGACGUCCUGGGCAGUGACUUUGAUCCCAACAUGGAUGAGGACCGACUGCAGGAGAUAGCAGGGGCUGCUGCGGAGAACGCAUUGUGCAGCAUGCUGUGUCUGCCGGUGCUUCUGGACCCGUACGGUUCUACCAUCUCAGAGACGGCGAGUGAGGCGUGGAGCGUGGAGGUUCUGCCGAGUGACUCAGAAGCUGCAGACCUGAAGCAGGAAGAACGACUGCAGGAGCUGGAGAGCUGCUCAGGUGUGGGUAGCACUUCAGAUGACACCGAGGUCAGAGAGGUCAGCUCCCGGCCCAGCACCCCGGGACUCAGUGUCGUUUCAGGCAUCAGUGCCACGUCAGAGGACAUCCCCAAUAAGAUUGAAGACCUACGCUCAGAGUGCAGCUCAGAUUUUGGAGGCAAAGACUCCGUGACCAGCCCAGAUGGAGAGGACUCUGCUCAUGGAGCUCACAGUCUAUCCUGUGCACCCUCUCAAGCAGAUUCACUGCUGGCCAUGUUCGAUCCCCUCUCCUCUGGAGAAGGUUCGUCCACUGGCACCAUCGUGCGGCCCAAGGUGCACUAUCCCCGGCCCCCUCACCCUCCCCCUGACCCGCCUAUUCCAGAGGCCAGCAUUAUGGGCCACCAGGAGCCUCGUCCACCCCUCUUCGCCCCCCACUUGGUGCAGAGUGACCUGGAGCAUCCCAAACAGAGGCACUCUUACCCUGAAAGGCUGGUCAGGAGCCGCAGCACAGAUGUGGUGUCCGCUGGCCGCAGACCCAACAGUGAUCCCGGACUGAACCGCAGGACCAUGAUGGAGGAGAGAGACCCGGCUGGGGCUUAUUCCACAGGACCCACCUCCUCUCCCAGCAAGGAUUCUCUCAAAGGAGAGUCUGAGGACAGAAAGGACAGCGAUGAUGAGAAGUCUGAUAGGAACAGACCCUGGUGGAAGAAGCGCUUUGUUCCUGCCAUUCCUAAAGUGCCGAUCGCAGGACUCCGAAAGCGGGACAAGCCAGAAAAAGACGAGCAAGGAGUGGAAAGGGUACCACAAGGUAUACCAGAUGAGCCUUCAGCGCUCAGGCAGAGCUCUAAGACCCAGUCAGCAGAGGCAAUAAUGGACAAGUACAAGUACAUCAUGGAGAAACGACCCACCCACAGUGAUGGGGCACUUGCUGGAACUUAUAUUGGACAAGAGCCUUGUAGAGAAGUAGACAGUGAGCACGACUCCCCUAAAGAUGAAGCUCUGCAGAACAUCUCUGCAGAUGACCUUCCAGACUCUGCCAGUCAGACAGCGCCACCUCAGGACAAGACAUUCUCCUUCAGUGAUAUUAAGAAAAAGCUACGCCUGGCGCUGUGCUCUGCAGAUUCAGUUGUAUUUCCCAUCAUUCCACCGGCAACAACACGUAACGGUCUCCCAGACCAUGCAGAUCCUGAAGACAACGAGAUUGUGUGCUUUCUGAAGGUGCAGCUGGCGGAGGCCAUUAACCUGCAGGAUAAGAACCAGAUGGCUCAGAUCCAGGAGACUACGCGCUGCGUCAGCCACCUCGACCCCCGCACCUGCAGAAGACUGCUCAGUGCCAUGGCAGAGGACUACAAAAUCACCAUCUUCAAACUGGCAUUCUACCCCAAUCAGGAUGGGGACAUCCACAGAGACGAGCUAUUCCUGGAGCACAUUCAGCGUCUGUCCAAAGUGGUGACGGCCAAUCACAAAGCCCUGCAGAUCCCGGAGGUCUAUUUGAAGGAGGCACCAUGGCCCUCAGCACAGGCUGAGAUCAGGACCAUCAAUGCCUAUAAGACCCCACGAGAUAAAGUACAGUGUAUCCUGCGCAUGUGCUCCACAAUUAUGAACCUGCUCAGCCUGGCCAAUGAGGACGCUGUACCCGGGGCUGACGACUUUGUCCCUGUGCUCGUCUUUGUCCUGAUUAAAGCAAACCCUCCCUGCCUUCUGUCCACCAUUCAGUACAUCAAUAAUUUCUACGCCAGCAGACUGAGCGGGGAGGAGUGCUAUUGGUGGAUGCAGUUCACUGCCGCCGUGGAAUUCAUUAAAACCAUCGACGAUCGCAAGUGAAGCAGAACAGCCACCUGUAUGGGUAGACUGUAGGAAGGAGAGAGAGAGAGAGGACAGCGCGGACGACUACUCUCCCCUUCAUCGAGAACGCACAGCGUGGCAUCGCCUCAGUCUGUAUAGCUGUACAUAGAGGCAAAAACACUUCAAGUUUAAAAUCGAUCAAACAUUAGAUAUGAUCAUGACAGGUUUUACUGCGCUGGGGUAUUAAACAAAUGAAAACAAAUAAUGCGGCAGGUGGCGACAUUGCCACUCUCUACUGAUCUCGCUUAUAACCCACGUCUUUUUCUGUAGUACUGGGGAGGUGCUGGGGCUUAGAAUCAAAUUUUAUAUUAAACACAGAUUUAGCAAGUAAUUAGCUCUGUUAAAACAUACCUAUCAAAUGAAAAAGGGACCAGGAACUACCUGCAUCGAUCAUGUGUCGGGACGCUUCUGAGGGGAAUCCAUGAUUCUGUCCUCCUUGUAUAAACCGUGCAAUCUCACCCCGUUCAAAGCUAACAGUCACACGCCGAGUCAUAUCAAAGUACGCAUCACUAUAGAUGCUGCCAGUGUAUCAAUGUUACAGUUUCUCAAAUUAAACAUGCCAUUAUUUUAAUAGGGCAGCUUGUUCUAUGAAUGUAAACAGGUGUUGUCAUUAUUGUACAUUCAUUCUUUCCUACGUUUCCCAGACAAUUUGGAAAUAAGGGCCCACAUAUUUAUAUAAAAUAAAAUGUAUUUAUUACUUAACUCCUGUAUUUAAUGUUUUAUUAUAUUUACUGACUUGUUCCAUGAAUUAGUUGUUGGGCAGAUGCACACGGUUCAGUUGAGGAAACAAGUUCUAGAAAUGUUUCAGUCUCACAGAGAGCUGCUAAAACAGGGUGUCUUCACAUUAGCGGAUAGUUGUAAAUUAGUGCCUUGCAGAUAUUUGCAGUAACACUUGUUCUUUUAGUUGUGGUGGAUUUUCUGCCACAUUUUGCGUUUCUUGCGUCUUUCAUUGAAGUGAAGAAGUCGGAUCUGUCAAAGUCAAGCCUGGCUAAACGUCACUAUGCUAUUAAUAACAAACCUGAAAUAAAAAGUACAGCAUGCCAAGUAGAAACACCCCCCACAUUUGGACGUUCAGUAUGUGGAUUGUUAUUUGUGUUGAAUAGGUGGAGAAUUGACUGCUGGGUCUUACAGUAUGGUCUUAGAUGAUAGUUAUUGCUUGUGUCCCCAAGAUAUAUUUUUGCUGAGUUUGCUGUUGACCUUUUCUUGUCUUUAAAUUCCAUGUAUUGUUUCAGAGUUCUUACUUUUGUAGGAUUAAAUCACUGUUAUUUUUAUAAUGCAGUUCCCAAGUAGAGCUAUGAGUUAGGAGGAACAUUUUUGUGUAAUUUGAGGUUUACUCUCAGAAAAAAAAAAUUGCAAAAAUAGGGGUACAAUAGCUUGUCACUGGGACCUACCCUCAAAGGGACACCAUAUUUACCCCUAAAAGGUUCAUAGUAGUACCUUAAAUGCACAUAUUAAUACUCUAAGGUACAAAUACACAACUAUUAGGGGUGGAUAAGGUACAAACCGGUCCCUUUAAAAGUACUGCCCCAGAGACAAGCAUCAAUUUUUGCAUUUUUUUCUAACACUGUGUUUUUUGAGCUUAGAUGGCAAAGAACAUUUUAACACUGUGGCAUCAUUAUCAAUGCUAGUGUAUUGAUGUUGAGGAGAAUAUAUGUAUUGAUACAGGCUACCUUGUGUCAUAACCCCGUCACAGCUAGCACAUAUUCUUCAUAACAGUUUUUGCUGUUGAUAUCAAAUGAAUAACAGCACAGUAUAUUAUUUAAACAGGAAUAUCAAUAACAUCAUGCUCUGUGUCAUUCUUAAAUGAUCUUUAUUAGAUCCAAACUUCCCACUAACGUUUGCACACGAGUAGAGCUAGGGAAAACGAAAUGUAUCCUUAAUAUUUUAUGUGGUUGUCAGAGUUUCCCGCUUCAAAUCUGUCUGUCAGUGUUGCUCCC